GCAGUCGCACUCAGUCUCUCACUAUUGCACCGUGAAGUUCACAUCUGUCGCCCGUCGUCGUUUUCGCCGCAGCCGUCUUUGUCGUUGAAUUAUCUGUUUCUUACCACCCCCAUCAUCUUCCACCGGACAGUUCACUUCCAGUAUAAGGUGCUAAAAUGGGCAAAAUACCCGCCGUCGGAAUCGAUCUUGGAACAACCUAUAGCUGCGUCGGUGUCUGGCAGCAUGGUAAGGUAGAAAUUAUCGCCAACGACCAGGGUAACCGGACCACUCCUUCGUACGUUGCCUUCAACGACACGGAACGACUGAUCGGCGAUGCUGCCAAGAAUCAGGUGGCAAUGAAUCCGAAAAAUACGGUAUUCGAUGCAAAGCGACUGAUCGGCCGUCGUUACGACGAUUCGAAAAUUCAGGACGACAUGAAACACUGGCCAUUCACCGUGGUCAAUGACUGCGGGAAACCGAAGAUCCAGGUCGAAUUCAAGGGCGAAACGAAACGCUUUGCUCCGGAGGAAGUUAGCUCGAUGGUACUGACCAAGAUGCGUGAGGUUGCCGAAGUCUACCUGGGCGGGAAGGUAGCGGAUGCGGUCAUAACCGUUCCGGCCUAUUUCAACGACUCACAACGACAGGCUACCAAGGAUGCCGGAGCGAUCGCUGGUUUGAAUGUGAUGAGAAUCAUUAACGAACCAACGGCUGCUGCAUUGGCCUACGGAUUGGAUAAGAACCUUAAGGGCGAAAAGAACGUGUUGAUCUUUGAUCUAGGAGGUGGUACAUUUGAUGUGUCAAUCCUAACCAUUGACGAAGGAUCGUUGUUUGAGGUAAAAUCCACGGCUGGAGAUACUCACCUGGGAGGUGAGGAUUUCGAUAACCGUCUGGUCAAUCACUUCGCAGAGGAGUUCAAACGCAAACACAAGAAGGAUAUGAGUGGUAAUAUUCGUGCUCUGCGUAGACUACGUACCGCUUGUGAACGUGCAAAAAGAACGUUGUCGUCCAGCACGGAGGCGUCGUUGGAGAUUGAUGCCCUACACGAAGGCAUCGACUACUAUUCAAAGAUUACGCGAGCUCGCUUCGAAGAGCUGUGUAUGGAUUUGUUCCGUUCGACUCUGGCACCAGUUGAACGUGCUCUAGGAGAUGCCAAGCUUGACAAGGCUUCUAUACACGAUGUUGUCCUCGUCGGUGGUUCUAUCCGAAUCCCUAAAAUUCAAAAGAUGUUACAGGACUUCUUCUGUGGCAAAGCAUUGAACUUGUCGAUCAACCCAGAUGAGGCAGUCGCAUAUGGAGCUGCCGUCCAAGCAGCGAUUCUCAGCGGUGAUGGAAGUUCCCAGAUUCAGGACGUGCUGUUGGUGGAUGUAACUCCUCUUUCCUUGGGUAUCGAAACAGCCGGUGGAGUUAUGACUAAAAUUAUCGAGCGAAACUCUCGAAUUCCGUGCAAACAGCAGCAGACAUUCACAACCUACAGCGAUAAUCAAAAUGCGGUGUCGAUCCAGGUCUUCGAAGGAGAACGUGCAAUGACCAAGGAUAACAAUCUGUUGGGAACAUUCAAUCUAACCGGGAUUCCACCGGCACCCCGUGGUGUUCCAAAGAUCGAGGUAACUUUUGAUCUAAACGCAGAUGGAAUCUUGAACGUUUCAGCCAAAGAUAACAGUACCGGCAAAUCGGAAAAGAUUACUAUUAAGAACGAUAAGGGACGUUUAUCAAAGGCCGAUAUCGAUCGGAUGCUUUCGGAUGCCGAAAAGUAUCGGGAGGAAGACGAACGUCAGAGAGAAAAGGUCACUGCAAGAAAUCAACUCGAAGGGUACAUCUUCAACUGCAAACAGGCCGUUGAGGAUGCACCGGCCGGAAAACUGACGGAUUCCGAAAAACAAACAGUUAAGGACAAGUGUAGCACAGAAAUGGCCUGGUUGGACGCAAAUACACUGGCCGAGAAGGACGAGUUCGAGCAUCACCUGAAGGAAUGCCAACGGGUGUGCGGUCCGAUUAUGGCAAAGAUGCACCAGGCAGGAGGAAGUGGCGAUGGUACCGCUACCGGUGGGAAAGGACCAACCGUAGAGGAGGUGGACUGAGAACAUUAGCUCAUUCGAUAACUCAUCAUCCGACUUGAUCUAUUAUGCUUUCUAUAGUAUGUGGCAGAGCUACUAACAAAUUUGCUUUAUCCGUUUUCUUCUUGUUAAAAUAUGCUUCAUUUUUAUAAUCGGUUAUUUUGGAAUAAUAAAACGAUAGACUGGC